CAUAGACGAAGCGAAGGCUCAACUAGCACUCAAGCGCCAACGGCCAGUCGGCCACGUGCUGCCAAAGCGCUCUCUCGCAGAAUGCUUGGCGCUUUUCAGGCCCUUCUCUUCCGGGGCAGCACCGCUAAAUUAAUCGAUGGCGGAGUAUGUAGCGACCAGGACCAGCCUGGGAGCAUGGGGUCCAAAACUUCGUGCGAGAAUCGCGAGCAAGAGCGCACCCAGAUGCACACCGGCAAUCAGGCGCACACAACUAGGCACAGAAUUCAAUCUGCUAGCGAGUCGGUGAGCUGCUCGACGAAAGUUCAGCACUCGCGACCUCAGGACGACCUGCAGGGCCUGCUCGACAGCCCGCACGAAUACUCUGUGGAGCUGCAGGAAUUUCGUAACAGCGCGGGAGCCGGAUCAUACAGCUAUGGUGGCGCGCUGGAGGACAUCCGGGCACGGGAAUUCAGCCGGUUGACUAACCAUGCAUACCUGGACUAUGCGGGAGCGGCACUGUACUCCGAGGCUCAGAUCCAGGCGUGCGCAGAUGACCUGAAGGCGCAGCUGCUGUGCAAUCCGCACAGCUCCUCGUCCUCCUCGCCCGCCUCCGAGGCCCUGGCGGCUCUGCGGCGCGACACGCUGGCGCUGCUGCGGGCGGACGGGCGGCACUACGAGGUGGUGAUCACGGCGGGGGCCACGGCAGCACUGCGGCUGGUGGCGGAGGCGUUCCCCUGGACGCCCGGGGCGAGUGUGUUUGCGCACCCGCACGCCGUACACAACAGCGUGCUGGGCGUGCGGGGGCCGGCGGCGGCGGCGGGCGCCCGAGUGCAGCUGGUGGACACACAGCAGCGUGUGGGGGGCCGGGCGGGCCGGGAGGCCGCGGCGGCGGCAGGGGCGGACGCAGGGGCGGACGCAGGGGCGGACGCAGGGGCGGAUGCAGGGGCGGCGGCAGGGGCGGCGGCGCAUGGAGGAGUGCUGGCGGCGGAAGCGGAAGGAGCGGCGGGCGCAACGGCAGUGGUGGUGGAGGAUGCUGCAGGCAGCACCGCGGCAGCAGCAGCAGCAGCAGCAGUAGCAGCAGAGGCGCCGUGCUGCUACAGCUUGUUGGCGCUGCCUGCCGAGUGCAACUUCACGGGGGACCGCCACCCGGCCCUGGGGGAGGUGGUGAGGCACGUGCGGCGACACGGCAUUGCGGGACUGGUGGUAGGCGGCGGCGGCAGCGGUGGCAGCGGCAGCCGCCAGACUGAGUGUGCGGCACAGACACUGAACCUCGCGGCGGCGGCAAGCAUCCGCACCGGCACCAGCACCAGCACCGAUGCUGGGCCAAUGCCCGCUAGUAGGGACUCGUCACCCUCGGGCGCGCCCAGUCAGCAAUCCGGCGGCGACAGCGGCCGCAGCAACAGCGACAGCGACAGCGGCGGCGGCGGCGGCGGGCGCUGGCUGGUGCUGCUGGACGCCGCCAAAGCCUGCGCCACGGCCCCACCAGACCUGUCUGCCGUACCAGCCGACUUUGUCGUACUGUCGUACUACAAGAUCUUCGGCCACCCCACGGGGCUGGGUGCGCUGGUGGUCCGGCGGGAGGCGCUGGCGCUGCUGGGGCGGGGCAAGUCGUACUGGGGCGGCGGCACGGUGGAGGUGGCGGUGGCCGACAGGCCCUUCCAAGUCAGGCGCAGCGGCGCUGCGGGUUUGGAGGACGGCACACCGCCCUUUACUGCCGCCGCCGCCGCCCGACACGGCUUUGCCUUCCUGCGCCGACUGGCGGCUGGCGGCGGCGGCGGCGGCUGUAGCUCCCACGCCGCCGGUACCACCAGCUGUAGCAACACCAGCCGCCACCUGCCACCAGCAGACGCGACAGAAGCAACGGCAGUAGCAGCCGCAGUAGCACCAACAGGAGCAGAUUCAGCUGUGCCGUACGACGGUGUACGGGAAUCUCUGGCGGCGGUUCAUGGGCAUGCGGUAGGGCUGGCGCGGUGGCUGGCGGCGCGGCUGGCGGCGCUGCGGCAUUCCAACGGUGCGCCGGUUGUGCGGCUGUACGGAGACUGGUGUACGGAACUGGCGGCGGCGGUGGCGGCGGGGCGGGCGCCGGCGGCGGCUGCCGCUGCAGGGCAUGCCGAUCACGGCCCCACGGUGGCGUUCAACCUGCUCCGUGCCGACGGCAGCUGGGUUGGCUAUGCCGAGGUGGGCCGGCUGGCGGCCAUGCACGGACUGCACCUGCGCACCGGCUGCUUCUGCAAUCCGGGCGCGUGCGGGCACUGGCUGAGGCUGAGCGCCGAGGACAUGAUCCGACACCACAGCUCGGGGCACGUGUGCUGGGACGACCACGACCUGGCGGAGCCCGCGGUGGGGCAGGCAGCCGCGGCAGGAGAGGGCGGCGGCAGCGGCGGCGGCAGUGGCGGCGGCAGUGGCGGCGGCGUCGUUGGUCGGGUGCCGACGGGCGCGGUGCGCGUGUCGCUUGGGGCUGUGAGCACCUUCGCUGAGGCCUAUGCGGUGCUGCGCCUGGUGCAGAGGUACUUUGUACAGCAGCAGCAGCAGCAGCAGCAGCAGCCGCAGCAAGAGGAGCAGGAGGAGCAGGUGGGGGUGCAGCAGGAGGAGCAGGUGGGGGAGGUGAAGGGGGAGCAGGUGGAGCGGCAGCAAGGGGGCGAGGAGCAGGAGGCGCGGCAGAUGCCGUUGCACGUGCCCGUGCAGGAGCCGUGCGGCGGCCCGCGGGAGCAGCCGCAGCGGCCAGCAGGCGGGCAGUGCGCGGCGGGCAGCAGCAGGGCGGACGGGGCCGGGCGGCAGCCGCACCUGCCUCCCCAAGGGACCGAGCUAGGCAGGGCCUGCGCAACAGCUGGCCCCACGCAACAGCUCCGGCCGCCGUACACCCUGCCCCUGGAGGCCCUGGAGGCCAUUGCGUCCUCCUGCGGCAGCAGCAGUAGCAGUAGCAGCGGCGCCAACAGCAGCAGUAGCAGCACUGGCAGUAGCAGCACUGGCAGUAGCGGGACUGGCAGUAGCAGCACUGGCAGUAGCAGCACUGGCAGUAGCGGGACUGGCAGUAGCAGCACUGGCAGUAGCAGCACUGGCAGUAGCGGGACUGGCAGUAGCAGCACUGGCAGUAGCAGCACUGGCAGUAGCGGGCGGCUGGCGGGCAUCCUGCUGUACCCGGUCAAGUCGUGUGCGCCGCAGCUGGUGUCGGCCUGGCCGGUGGGGGCCACGGGGCUGCUGCUGGACCGCGAGUGGGCGCUGGUGGACGACAGCGGCAAGGUGCUGACGCUGAAGCAGUGCCCGCGCAUGGCGCUCAUCCGGCCCGAGGUGGACCUGGCGGCAGCCACACUGCGCAUCGCGCCGCCGCCCGGCGCCGGCGUGCCGCCGCUGACGCUGCGCGUGCCGCAGCUACAGCCGCCGCCGCCGCCGCUGCGGGAGGCUGUAGCAGGCGGCGCAGCCGCGGCGGCGGGCGGUGCUGCAGAUGCUGCAGCCGAUGCUGCUGCAGCCGAUGCUGCUGCUGCUGCUGCUGCUACUGCUGGGGGCCCGGGCGGGGCUGUGGUGCGGCUGGAUGCGGGCCUGGUGAUGGAGCGGGUGCAGGUGUGCGGCGACACCGUGUGCACCGACCUGGUGGACACGUGCAGUGCCGGUGAGGGCGGCGACGAGCGCGUGCGGGCCUGGUUCGCGCGUGUGCUGGGCGCCCCCUGCCGCAUUGUGCAGCAGCGCAGCGGCGCGCGCAAGGUGCGCCGGCCCGCAGGCCAGCAGCCCAAGCAGCCGCUGGCGCAGCAGCAGCAGCAGCAGCAGCAGCAGCAGGCUGGAGGCGGCGCCGGCGACGUUGCAGCCAUAGGUGGUGCCGGUGGAGGUGGUGGUGGUGGUGGCGGCGGCGGCGAGGGAUCGGGUCAGGCGCUGGUGGGCUUUGCCAAUGACGGCCAGUACCUUCUGGUCAGCCAGGCAAGCAUGGACGACCUGCGGCGGCGCAUGUCCCCCGGGGCCACGGCUGCACACGCUGCCACGAGCGCCAGUGCAGUUGCAGGCGGGGGCACAGGCGGCGGCGGCGCGCGGCCGGCCGGGGGCUCGGGGCCUGGCGAGCUGCUGUGGCGGCUGCGGCCCAACCUGGUCGUGUGUGGGUUCGCGGCCUAUGCGGAGGACAACUGGGCGCGGGUGCGGGUGGGGCCGCUGGCGGCGGAGGUGCUGGGCAGCUGCCCGCGCUGCGAGCUGUUGCAGGUGGACCCGCGGGCGGGAGUGCGGCGCGGCUCCGAGGUGCUGGUGGCGCUGGCGCAGUACCGGCGGCGCGGCGGCCGGGUGCAGUUCGGAGUGCUGCUGGCGGCGGUGGCAGGAGCGGCAGGGCCGGCAGGGCCGGCAGGGCCAGCGGCGGCGAUGGACGGGGCGGCGGAGGCAGGUGGGGCGGCGGAGGCGGACGGUGCCAGUACGGUUGCGGGUGGAGAAGGGCAGAUGUGUAAGGCGCAGGCGCAGGAGCAGGAGGGAGAGGUGGGGUCUGUGGAGUGGCUGCGGCGGCGGUUUGGUGCGGGGUCGGUGCUGGUGGUGGGGGAUGUGGUGGAGGCGUGUGUGGCCGGGGCGUGAUUGAAUCGCAGGAGCGGCGCAGGUGCAAAGCUGGUGGGAAGGUUGGGAAGAGGCUCGCCUGCCGGACAUGUAAAGCGUUGGAGGUGCAGAGGUGCUGGAGGUGCAGGCAGGCAUGUUAGCUGGCAGGCAGGCAAGCAGGAGGAUGCAUAUGAACUGCAGCAUGCAUUAUAACAGCGCAUAAUUGCGUCGGGUUGCACAGGAUGCCGGGAGUGCGCAAGUGCGUCUAAAAGAUUAGAACUUCAGGCGUAUGAGCCUUGAAACGAACUGAGCGGCGGCAUGAAUGAAUCAAAUGAAUGCACUUUAUGUCUCGGGAUCACUGCUAAAGGUUUGUCACCGGUACUAUUGUAAAUGGAUCACCAGCUGAAGUAAGCGCCUGCCUAACAGCACUGCAACUGGAAGCAUGAGAGUGCCACUCUCAACACAUCCCCG